GACGUCCAUCAGGUUCAUAAGAUGGUUAUAACCUUCACAGAGAGAGAGAACCUCCCUUCACCGAAGAGAGGCAGAAAGCUAUGCUUGCAGGGGUCCCCUAUAUAGCCUUAGGAGUAGUGGGUAAGCACGAGAAGAUGAUAGGUGGGGUGUACCUGUUGGCAAAUGCGCUGCUUCAGGAAGAGACAAUCAGAAAUACAGUACUAGACCAGGAAGAGGAGGUAGAGCCAGGAGGAGGUGACAAUGUGAUCCACGAGAGGGAGGAUGAUGGCUUUGAGGAAGGUGAGAUCAAAGAAGCCUUCCGAGCAGCGGAAUAUGAGGGAGUAUACCUUGAGCUCGGAAUGCUGCUGUCAUGUGAGAUGAGGGAAAGGGAUGCCUACGCACGAGUUCGGAAGAUGAGGACAAGUUUUCUGGUAAGGGACGACCAUUUGUUCAUCAGGAGCAAAGGAAGGGACCCUAGAAGAGUGGUUUGCGGCCUCGCUCGUCAGAUUGACAUUAUGGCGGCACUGCACGACGGUACGACAGGGGGCCACAGGUGCGCGGAUACGACGUAUUCGAAGAUACACGAGUUGUACUAUUGGGAUGGCAUGGGGCAGAUGAUCGACGACUAUUGUAAGUCUUGUGUACCAUGCCAGGAGCGGUCUGCUCUUAGACCUAGAGAGCCGUUGUACCCAAGGUAUGUACGUGAUGUUGGAGCGGUCGUGCACUUGGACCUGCUGGCAAUGCCGCUGGGAAUAGGGAGCUACAACUUUAUCUUUGAUGCAAGGGACAAACUCUCUGGGUUUGUGGAUGGCAGGGCCAUUCGCACAAAGACAGGCGAGACGCUGGCCCGGUGCAUUGAAGAAUAUUAUCUUCGCUAUCCCUUUGUUUCUAGGUUUGUGAUGGAUAGAGGAUCCGAGUUCACAUGUGCAGAGGUAAAGGCUCUAUUGAAGAAGUAUGGGGUAAUCGCUGAGUACACCAUUGCAGCGCACCCUCAAGCUAAUGCACCUGUGGAGAGAGGGAACAACACCAUCACUAACCUUCUCGCCAAGUGGGCUGAUGGCAGGCCUAAUCAGUGGCCAGACUUUCUAAGGGUCACUUUCUUCGUGGACAACAUCACCGUCAGGAGGAGUACCGGCUACGCACUGGCCACAUUAUGGUACAGCAGACACGCGACGUUCCCUAUCGAAAGCUUCCUGAAAACCUGGAGGCGACAAGACCUCGAGACGGAUCUGACGUUUGAAGAACUGCUGGAUUUGAGAGCACGUCAGAUUGGUGCUAUUGAGGACAGGAUUGAGAAAGCAGCGAGUAGGACAGCGGGCAGCCGUACCAAGGACAAGUUCCGAUGGGAUAAAAUGGCAAGGAUAAGGAAGGAGCCCCUCAAAGUGGGAGACAUUGUGUUGUUGUAUGACUCAUCCCUGGAAAAGCAGUGGUCUCGAAAGUUGGACAAGAGGUGGUUGGGACCAUACAGGGUCGCCACGUGUGGAGAGUACGGCGCAUACCAAAUUGAGGAGCUGAAUGGGACCGCUUGGAAGGACUGGGUGUCAAACUCGAGGUUGAAUAAAUUUGUCGCUCGAGACGAGUUUGUGGACUUGCCCAUAUGGAUGAUGAUAUGAUGAAAUGAAUGUUGCAAGAUGGA